CAGAGCCGGAAGUAGAACGGCGGCUGCGGCGGUGGCUCUCUGACAGCUCGGGACUGAAGUGCAAGGUGCCGUCGAGCCAGUUUCAACUCAGCGACCCUAUGCACAACAGCACGAAACACUGCCCAGUCCUGAGCCAUCCUUACAAUCGUUGUUACGCCUGAGCUCAUUGUUGCAGCCACUGUGUCAGUCCGCCUCGUUGAGGGUCUUCCUCUUUUCCACAGACCCUGUACUCUACCAAGCAUGAUGUUCUUCUCCAAGGACUGAUCCCUCCUGACAACAUGUCCAAAUAACCGAGUCACCAUGAUUCUGCAGAGGCUCUUCAGCUUUUCCUCUGUCAUUCGGUCAGCAGUCUCAGUCUAUCUGCGGAGGAACAUUGGUGUUACAGCGGUGGCGUUUAAUAAGGAACUUGAUCCUAUACAGAAACUUUACUUGGACAAGAUUAGAGAAUACAGGUCUAAGCGACAGGCAUCUGGAGGACCUGUUGAUACAGGCCCCGAAUAUCAGCAAGACCUGGAGAACGAGAUUUUAAAACUUAAGCAAAAGUAUGGUAAAGCAGACAUGAAUACCUUCCCUACCUUCACGUUUGAAGAUCCCAAAUUUGAAGCCGUUGAAGAACCCCAGCCCCAAAAUGAUAAGAAAAAUUAAUCUGGUAAUUUGUCAUGGAUUAGUUGUACAAUUAAGCAGUGAUCACAUAAUAAAUAUAUAUUUCAUGAUGGUCAAA